AGGAUUUCUAUGUGUGUUUUUGUACAUUCAAAGUUGUAAGAAAACUCACACAAGCCUUAUAAUUUUCAGCUGUAUUUUAUAAUAUAUUUAUAUAUUUAUUAGUGCUGUCAUUUUAACGCGUUAAUUCGAUUAAGUUUAACGCAAUUAAUUAUGAGCAUCAACGGUGGCGAGCAAAUGCUUGCGCAUUUGAAUUUUGGCCCAUUGAAGGACCCGUAGUCUUCUCGGCUGUGCUACGUCACCUGUGCAGGCAAAAUAACAAGGCAGUGGGCAACAAUAACAGACAUGGACAAGACUCAGGAGGAGGAGGCAAGUGCGUCUUCACUCGGGCCACUGAAUGGCAAGUUUAUUUACAAAAAGAACAGAGACGGGACGAUAAAUAAAAACGCUGUAGUUUUUGCAAAAAGGAGUUCUCUUACCACCGGUGCAACUCCUGCCUGAGGUACCAUUUAAAUGUGAAACUAGUUCAAGCAAGUUCCUCCGUUGCGAGUGCGGCUACCGGGAGCUAGCUCCGCCAACCCACGCUUGCUGAAUUUGGGAAACGAAUGAGCCAAUCCACACGGCCCUCGGACAAGCCAGAGAACCCCUGGCUCAAGACGUUCCCACAAGGUGAGACUGUUGAUUACCUAUUGUACCUGUGUGUGUGUGUGUGAGUGAGAGAGAGUGUGUUUGGUUCAGUGCAACUACUGUAUGUACAACAUACUGCUCAAAACUGCACAACUAAUGCUAUUUUUUUUGUUUUAUUUUAUUGAAAGAUGGAAUUCAACGCUCUCAAUGAUCUCACAGUACUUUUUGGCCCAACAGAGGCACAACCUGGCCACACUGACCAACCUACAGUGUGAAAAACUCCAGAAGCUGGAGGUUGUUCUUGAACCCUGCAAACAUGUGACUGAGCUACUUGGAGUUGACAGCUAUGUGUCAUGCUCUGUUGUGCUCCCCGCAAUCUACCAUCUCAACUGUGUCCUGGAGCCCACUGAUGAGAAUCCGGGCUACAUGAUACAGUUCAAAACCACCUUUUUAAAGGACCUGGACGCACGCAAAGUCAAUAUGAACAUCAGAUGGCUGAAGGUGGCUACAGCCCUUGACCCACGAUUCAAGGACUUUAAGAGCCUACACAAGAAUGAAAGAGAUGAGGUGUGGACCUGGAUUGAUGAGAUGCUGCGACGGUCAGAAGCAGGACCUGCCCCUCCUCAACCCACAGAGGACAAGCCAGCAGCAAAGAAGAGCUUCCUCCUGUUGUGUUCUUCAGACUCUGACUCUGACAAGGAGGAGCAGGGCCUUCUAGCCCGCUACAAAGCUGAGCCGUGCAUUGGAAUGCAUGAGAGUCCACUGGAGUGGUGGGCAGUUCACGCAGGAGCCUAUGGACAACUGUCCUCUCCUCCUCUUGCUCGCAAGUAUCUGGCUACUCCUGCAACGUCAGUGCCAUGCGAGAGACUCUUUUCACUCGCAGGUAACAUCAUACAGAAGAAGGGGGCAGCCUUACACUCAGACAAUGUAAACAAGCUUGUCUGUCUGAGCAACUGGCUGAAGAAGACAUAAUGUUGUCUGUUGUUACAUCCUGUGGGUUUUUGAUUUCAGAGGUUGAUACUUAAACCACAGAUCCACUUUUGGGGUUGAGGUGUUGUGCCCCAGAUACUGUAGCCGCUAAUUUUUGUUAACCUCUGGUAAACUAUGUCAUGUUCUCUUGACUUACCUGCUGUGUCGGCAGCUGAAGCUCAGUUCACCAAUAAAAAAAAUUGUAAAAAAA